UUUUUUUAACGUUAUUAUAAAAGCAAGAAGUUCAAUGUCUUGGGUGUUUAAUAGGAAGUUUUUGGAAUUUGUAAUACUGGAACACAAAAUAAAAAGGAACGUGAACAAAAUUAGAUUUAGAAAAUAUUUUUGUUCAGUUAAAUAUUAUAAAUACGUGUGAUAUAGAAGUAAUUAUAACGAAUGUAACCGCAAGUGGUAUUUAUUUGAGUACUAUUAUAUUUGCCUAAAGAAUUAAACGGCGAUAAUGACGAAACUAUUUUUAAAAACAAACCGGACUAUUUCAGCUGUUUUAUCAAAAUACAAAUUUAGCACUGCAGCUAAAUCUGUAGCGUCAUUGCAAAUAAAAGGCAAAGAUUUCGUAGCAGACGACUAUACAAAUGUUACGCCUAAAAUACUAUCGUACUUAGAUAGGAACCUGCACUUGCAGAAAAAUAACCCUCUGUCGAUAGUGAGGCAAAGGAUUGUGAAUUAUUUUUACUCUUCGUUUACACACAGAGGACACCCAGCAUUCAGUGUUUACGACAACUUGUCGCCAAUAGUGACUACAAAGCAAAACUUUGAAGAUUUGUUGAUUCCUUCUGAUCAUCCGAGUAGGGCGAAGUCUGACUGCUAUUAUAUCAACAGAGACACUCUCCUGAGGGCUCAUAUGACUGCACACCAAAGUGAGUUACUCAGAUCAGGGCUGGACAACUUCCUGAUGAUUGGAGAUGUGUACAGAAGGGAUGAAAUUGAUUCCACACAUUUUCCUGUGUUCCAUCAGGUUGAUGCAGUCCGUUCACAACGUAAAGAGGAGUUGUUCCCUGAUAAACCAGAAUUACAAAUAUUUGAGCCAACCUUUGAUAAAACAAACCCACAUGCUAACCACAUUAAUGAUCCCAUGAAACAGAGCUGCCACACUUUAGAAGCUACAAAAUUAAUGGAAACACAAUUGAAGUCACACCUCAUUGGUCUAACACAAGCUUUAUUUGGAGAAGAUAUCAAGUACCGUUGGGUUGAUGCAUACUUUCCCUUCACUCACCCAUCAUGGGAGCUUGAAAUAUUCUAUGAAAAUGAUUGGAUGGAAGUCUUAGGUUGUGGCAUAGUAAGAAAUGAGAUUCUCGUUAACGCAGGACCAUCAAACACUAUAGCAUAUGCCUUUGGACUGGGUUUGGAACGACUGGCAAUGGCAUUAUACAAGAUUCCAGAUAUUAGGUUAAUGUGGAGUACUGAUUCUGGAUUUUUGACUCAAUUUGAGAAUGUUAACUUGAACGCCCCAAUCACAUACAAGCCUGUAUCGUCCUAUCCGCAAUGUACGAAUGACAUGUCAUUCUGGCUGCCCCCCAACUACACUAUUGACACUUUUAUGAGCAACGAUUUCUAUGAUCUAGUCAGAGAUAUUGGUGGUGAUAUUAUUGAACAGGUGAAACUCAAGGACAAAUUCGUCCAUCCGAAGUCGAAGAAGCACAGUUUGUGCUAUAGUAUUGUGUACAGGCAUUUAGAACGAACGCUCACACAAGCGGAGGUCAACCAGGUCCACAAGGAGAUCGAGAAAGCCGUGGUCGAUACUUACGGCGUAGUUAUUAGAUAAAUAUUAUUUAGCAAAUAUAUAGUAUGUUGAAUUUGA